UUUUAAAAACAUUGUUGAUAAAUACCAUAAGAAGCAUGCAAGCAAAGAGUUCCAUCUUUUUCAAUGAAUGUCUCGUUGUUGUUUCUCGUUACUGUUUUUCAAACAAACUCGUUUGUCCGCCCUGCAAAGCUCGGUUCUUCACAUCCACUCUUCCAACCAUGCCAUCAUCGACCACAUCCGCCAUGGCGACCUCGACUCAGCUCGCCACCUCUUCGACAUUAUCCCCAACAAGACCAACAUCUCCUGGAACACCAUGCUCGCUGCCUACACCUACCAACCAGGGCAUCUUCACUAUGCCCUUCAACUGUUCGCCAAAAUGCCCCAACCGGAUGUCGUCUCUUACAACACCUUGCUCUCUUGCUACUUUCUCAACAAUGAGACCGGCGCCGCUCGCGUGCUUUUCCGGGCUAUGCCUGUCAAAGAUGUAGCCUCUUGGAAUACCAUGAUCUCUGGUUUGUGUCGCAAUGGUGUGUUGGAUGAUGCCCGGAAGGUGUUUGAUGAAAUGCCUCACAGAAAUGCGGUGUCUUGGAAUGCCAUUGUCUCUGGUUGCAUUAAAGCUGGUGACUUGCGCUUGGCUGAGGAUUACUUUAGACAAGCUCCUCACAAGAAUGAUCUUGUUUUACAUACGGCGAUGAUCGCAGGGUAUAUGGGCGUUGGGGAGAUCCUAGUUGCUCUGAAGAUGUUUGAUGAAAUGCCUGUGAGAAACUCAGUUACAUGGAAUGCAGUCAUUGCUGGGUUUGUGGAAAAUGGGAGGUCUGAGGAUGGGUUGAAACUUUUCCGGAGAAUGCUUGAUGAAAUGGAAGUGAGACCAAAUCCAUCAAGUUUUAGCAGUGUUUUACUGGGUUGUAGCAAUCUUUCGGCAUUGGAAUUAGGGAAACAAAUCCACCAAUUAGCAUGCAAAUCGCCGAUAGGCUCCAACCUCACUGUCUGCACUUCAUUGCUGAGCAUGUACUGCAAAUGCGGUGACCUCGUUGAUGCGUGCAAGUUAUUUGAUAGAAUUCAUCGAAAGGAUGUUGUGACAUGGAAUGCGAUGAUCUCAGGGUAUGCUCAGCAUGGUUACGGCGUAAAGGCUAUACAAUUGUUUGAUAAAAUGAGAAAACUCGGAAAGCCGAAGCCUAAUCACAUUACUUUUGUUGCAGUGCUAACAGCUUGUAACCAUGCAGGAUUGCUUGAAGUAGCAACCCGAUGCUUUGAAUCGAUGAAGUCUGAUUACGGGUUAGAGCCGCAGUCGGACCAUUACUCAUGCAUGGUUGAUAUAUUCUGCAGAGCAGGUUCAUUGGUGAAAGCCAUUGGAUUGAUUGAGCAAAUGCCAGUAAAUGUAAAACCACAUCCGGCAGUAUACGGAACUCUUUUAGGUGCAUGCAGGGUACACAGAAACUUAGAAUUCGCUGAAUUUGCUGCGAAGAAACUAGUUGAGCUGGAGCCACAGAGUGCAGGCGCAUACGUUCAAUUAGCAAACGUCUAUGCAUCGAUGAAUAAAUGGACCGAUGUGUCUAGGAUUCGGAAAUGGAUGAAGGAGAAUGAUGUAGUGAAAAUGCCGGGUUAUAGCUGGAUUGAAUUGAAAGGUGUUGUUCAUCAGUUCAGGUCUGGAGACAGAUUGCAUUCUCAACUUGGAUUGAUACAUGCCAAGUUAAAUGAAUUGGAGGUGGCAUCGAAAAGACUCGGAUAUGAACAUGAUCUGGAUUCAGCAUUGCAUGAUGUCGGGGUAGCACAACGGAGAAUGCUGCUGUGGAGGCACAGCGAGAAGCUGGCUAUCGCCUUUGGGCUGAUUAAUACUCCUCCCGGGAAAACUUUGCGAGUUUUCAAGAAUCUGAGGGUUUGUGGAGAUUGUCAUAGAGCUAUGAAGUUCAUUGCUGGGAUUGAAAGGAGGAGCAUUGUUCUCAGGGAUGCCACAAGGUUUCACCAUUUCAGUAAUGGUACUUGUUCUUGUGGAGAUUACUGGUGAGUGAGGACAUGCAGGCUCUCAAGAAGUUAAAGAGAAGGAUUUAUAUAUAUAUAUUAAGG